CAGCCAUAAUAUAAACAAAUUUUAAUGAUGUAUCGUUGAUCGCUAGAAAAGGCAAGGGGGGCACGGGGCAAGAAUGUUGUCGUUUUUUCGAAAAAUCUCAAUCGGAGGGAAGAUAAGAGAUGGUCUUCCGACUGGGGACGAAAUGGAGGUUACAGAAGGCUAUCCGGACGCGAAGAACCGAGCUCUGGUCUCGCGAUCCGACACCGAACUGAAGGAAUCCGUUUACGAUCUACUUAGAACUAUCAAAGAUCCAGAGAAGCCUCAGACAUUGGAGCAGCUGGACGUUGUUUACGAAGACUGUGUUGAAAUCUGCAAGCAGACCCCUAAAGGAGUCUCUGUUAUACGCAUUGAAUUUAAUCCUACAGUUCCGCAUUGUUCAUUAGCAACGCUGAUUGGUCUUUGCAUCAGGAUUAAAUUGGAACGUCAUUUGGUGGCUCUUUUUAAGCUAGAUAUAUACAUUAAAAAAGGUGCUCACUCUACAGAACAAGAGAUAAAUAAACAAAUAAAUGACAAAGAACGAAUAGCAGCUGCUAUGGAGAAUCCGAAUUUGAAGGAGCUGGUGGAAAAAUGCAUCCAGGAAGAGGAAUGAAAACCUAAAUGGAUUUUAUGGUGCAUGGGUUUCAAUAGACUUGACACUACUAAACUGUAGUGUCCGGGAUAUUUUUGUAUGAUAAAUGAUUAGAAGAUGUUGCAAA